GCUUGCACACGUUAUCAAAAAUACUCACGGAACAUUCCGCUUAACGCGUAGACCUCGUGUACUCAGUGUCAGCGCGUCAUCUGCACGUUUUCGCCGACCAUCGAGAAAUUGUUCAUUUUUUCAGAAUUCUUGUCUGUGAUCUGUUAACAUCUAUAAUAUUCCAGAGCUGUAGAAUUUGUGCAAAUCUGAGACUUACUAUUGCCCGCCAUGAAGAAGGCAUUUGUCAUCCUGUGUUUUGUGGUGUUCACCGUCACCGCGCUCUCCUGGGUGAGGGCUGAUGACGAGGAUGAAGACGAGGACAAGGAAAAAGUUGGCACAGUGGUCGGCAUUGAUCUUGGAACAACCUAUUCUUGUGUUGGAAUCUUCAAGAAUGGCCGAGUGGAAAUUAUUGCCAAUGACCAGGGCAACCGCAUCACUCCAUCCUAUGUGGCCUUCACCACAGAGGGGGAACGCCUCAUCGGUGAUGCUGCCAAGAACCAGCUGACCAGCAAUCCAGAAAACACCGUCUUUGAUGCCAAGAGACUGAUUGGGCGCACCUGGGAUGAUCCUUCUGUGCAGAGCGACGUCAAGUACUUCCCAUUUAAGGUCAAAAACAAGAACAACAAGCCACACAUUGAGGUCAGCGUGGGUGACGACAGAAAAAUCUUUGCCGCUGAGGAAAUCAGUGCUAUGGUGCUCUCCAAAAUGAAGGAAACAGCCGAAGCCUACCUUGGCAAAACAGUUACAAAUGCCGUAGUCACUGUUCCUGCAUACUUCAACGAUGCCCAGCGUCAGGCAACCAAAGAUGCAGGCACUAUCGCUGGCCUCAAUGUAUUGAGGAUCAUCAAUGAGCCGACUGCAGCUGCCAUUGCCUAUGGUCUGGACAAGCGUGAAGGGGAAAAGAACAUCUUGGUGUUCGAUCUCGGAGGUGGAACUUUUGAUGUCUCGAUGCUGACGAUUGACAAUGGUGUCUUCGAAGUUGUUGCAACAAAUGGUGACACUCACCUCGGUGGUGAGGACUUUGACCAGCGCGUCAUGGAGCACUUUAUCAAGUUGUACAAGAAGAAGAAGGGCAAGGACGUACGUAAGGACAACCGUGCUGUCCAGAAACUCCGCCGGGAGGUUGAGAAGGCCAAGAGAGCACUCAGUUCACAGCACCAGGCUCGCGUGGAGAUUGAAUCAUUCUUUGAUGGCGAGGACUUCUCAGAGUCGCUCACGAGAGCCAAGUUCGAGGAGCUGAACAUGGACCUUUUCAAAUCCACCAUGAAACCCGUCAAGCAAGUUCUGGAAGACUCUGGCCUGAAGAAGAACGAGGUCCACGAGAUUGUCCUGGUGGGUGGUUCCACGCGAAUCCCCAAGGUGCAGACCCUGGUGAAGGAGUUCUUCAAUGGCAAGGAGCCAUCCCGUGGCAUCAAUCCCGACGAGGCUGUGGCUUAUGGAGCAGCUGUGCAGGCUGGAGUGUUGAGCGGAGAUGAAGACACCGGCGAAUUGGUUCUUCUUGAUGUAAACCCCCUGACACUGGGUAUUGAGACUGUUGGUGGUGUCAUGACUAAGCUCAUCGCCAGAAACUCGGUUGUACCCACAAAGAAAUCACAGAUCUUCUCCACAGCUGCAGACAACCAGCCAACUGUAACAAUCCAAGUAUAUGAAGGUGAGCGUCCCAUGACAAAAGACAACCACUUGCUCGGGAAAUUUGACCUGAAUGACAUCCCACCAGCUCCCCGCGGUGUCCCCCAGAUUGAAGUAACUUUUGAGAUUGAUGUCAACGGCAUCCUGAGAGUGUCGGCUGAAGACAAGGGCACGGGCAACAAGGAAAAGAUCACCAUCACCAAUGACCAGAACCGCCUCACGCCUGAGGACAUAGAGCGCAUGAUCAACGACGCCGAGAAGUUUGCUGAUGAGGACAAGAAGGUAAAAGACCGGGUGGAGGCGAGGAACGAGCUGGAGAGCUACGCAUACUCCCUCAAGAACCAGAUCAAGGACGAGGAGAAAUUGGGCGGGAAACUUUCAGAGGAUGAGAAGGAGAAGAUCAAUGCAGCACUGGAAGAGCAGAUUGAGUGGCUGGACGCUAACCAAGACGCAGAGAAAGAAGACUUUGAGGCUCACAAAAAGGAAUUGGAAGACGUAGUCACCCCAAUUGUUAGUAAAUUAUACGAGGGAGCAGGUGGACCGCCUCCCACUGACGGUGGCGAUGAGGAGGAUUAUGACAAGGAUGAGUUAUAAGUGGAACUUAAAAGAGCAAGAGACUCUUCAAUAAAAAAAAGGAACUGCUUUUUGCAAAAAUAAAUUAUUGGGGUUUCACAAGUUCUCCUGACAGUAUGAAGGAGGUCUAGGUGGUACAUUAACAGUGCAGGUAUGUUAAGAAAAAAAUAAACAAAUCGAGGGAAGAACCACAUAAGUGUCUCUAUCACAUUACUGCCACGAGAUCUUGUGUAUUAAAAGGUCAUUCCAGAUACUGCCCAGUUCAACAGAAUGGUCACUUCGCCCGCUGCUUCGGGUAGUACUUCACAGUCCUUUACUGUUCCCAGUGCCGGCUGUUGCGUGUACAUUUUGUUGCAGGAAAGCAGUACGUACAUGCAAGACCAACGUGACCUGGUUCAAAAAGUAAAGCUGCAGGUGUUUACUUUUAAAGAAAUGUACUUCCAUAAUUUGGACACCAGGUCAGAACUUUGCCAUGUGAUGGAAUGACGAUUUAUCAGGCUGUAACACUUUUUCGUAAUUGUAUGAAAGUAAGUGUGGAAAAAAAAAUAUUUUGAUCUGUUAUGUAUGUUGGAAAAGGUGGAUUAGUUAGGUUUGUUCAAGAACGAAUUUCAUUCAAUUCCUACUUGUUGGGGAGAUAUUGUUGCAGUAAUUGUCAGCAAUUUUUUUUGUUUAAAUUAGUUUUUUUUCAUUUCAUCUCAAAAUGAUACUGUCAAGGGCCAGUCUGUGGAGUAUAGCUUAUCUAUAGUUAAGUGUCAUGUGCAGGGCUGAAUUAUUUCAACUCCUUGUUCAUGAAAGUUCGCUGUAAAGUCAUUAUUCCUUUGAAGAUAAUGCAUACUCUCGGAUCACAACCUGUUUUUGAUCUGAAGUGUGUGAGAAAUAAUUUGAGAUAAGUAUACCUUGUUCAUGUACACGUACAAAACUCUUCAAGCAUCUUGUAAAUGAUCCUCAAAAUUCCCCCAACAUGACAUAUCCCAGGUAUUAUUUUAUCUGUAAAUGUUCUGCUUUAGAAACAAAUACACCACUUUCGAAAUAAUCUGUCUCGGAUGGUUUAAUUUUCUUUCAUUUUGGUCCUUUUUGGAAAUCUUCAGGUAAAUUUUCCAUUAAAAAACUCAAUUUUUACAAAUUGAUUA